AUGAGUUUGAUCGGUAGUGUUUCUGGUUUUGCUGCCUUUGGUGUUCUCGUCCGUACAUACGCUCUUGGUCUUCAAAAGCGUCCCAUUUUCUCUAAUCCUAGUAGUCAUAUUUUAGCUGCAGGUGUUUUCGGUGCAGUUGGUUACUAUGUUCACGACUUGCAAGAAAGACAAAAUGCUCAAAUGGCUGCCAAGAAGGAAGUCAUGAUCAAGAACAGAGCACGUGCAGAAGAACUCGCUUCUCAAUAA